AUGAUUGAUAAUGACGAUACGGAAUUACUACUAAAGAACUCAGAAUAUUUCAAUCUAAUCAAACAUUUUGAAUUGGAGGUUGGUUUGCUAACCAACCAAUUCAAAAUAUCAUAUAUAUAUCAAGAGCAACUCUAUCAAGGUAUUCUCAAUUUAAUGUGCUGUUUUUGUCCCCUUAAACUAUGGAAACCUCUGCUUGAUCGCGAAACAAGCAACUUCUCAAGAUUACAAAUCGAACGCUUACUUUUUAAGCAACUCAUUAAGUAUCCGGAGCUUGAUUUCGAUAUGGAUGCCAAAUUUUUAGCAAAGUCACUUGCUAAAACUCAGGCUGUGAGCGAAAAAGUGUCAAUUGCUCAUAAGAUAUCCUUCAUGGUUAGGAGUAAAGGAAUACUUUCGUUUAUGCUAUAUUUUGACGGUAGAAAUAUGGAAUCUUUCGAAGGUUUUCGCUGGUGCUUACAGCUCCUUUAUCAUAUUGAAAGAUAUGCGAUAGAUAUACAGGAUAUUCGGUCUCUUCUUGAAGAUUGUCAAAGGAUUUUCUCGAUAUUAUGCGCUAAAUCCUUAAUUAAUCGAAUCAUAGAGCGUGGGCAAUUUUUUCCAAAUGAGCAGUCCCUUCUGUCAAAGUCAAAUGAAGGAGAUGUUUUGCAAGGGUUACUUUUCACGAUUAUGGAAUGCACUGAACCUUCGAUGAUAAUUUCAGAGACUCAAUUAGAACUUUUUGUACUAAGCAAGUUCUUUGAAGUAUUGGGGGAUAUUGAAUCCUGCAUGGCUGUUCUAAAUGGAUUUUUGAUCGAAUGUAUUUAUAACGAUGGGCCAUAUAACCUCGCUUUGCGACUUCAGAGAAGCAGUCUCAAUGAGAUGAUUCGAAAGUAUAUUUUUGGAACAACAAUGACUGUUGAAGGUGAUCCUACAGUAAUGCAUCAAUCCGGUAAAAUUAUUGAGGCUAUUAUUCUCUACGGCGGUAUACAUAUUGAUAUUUUGAGAUUUUUUCAUGCAGUUUAUGGUUUUUACAGAUCGUCUUUUAUGGAUGCUGUUGAUUACAUUCCGGAAUCUGUUUUGACUAGAGAAUGUAUUUCAAUGGUUGAUAAUAUUAUUAAAGAAUGGGAUGGAAUCACAUCACAGUGUGAUCCUAAAACGGUUCAAUUGCCGCAAGUUCUCCUCAGAACAACCGAAGGUAGCAUUGUAAUGGUGGAGGAGGUUCUGGAAGAGUCAUUGAAUGAACAUAGACACGAAAUCACCUCUCUGUUGAGCUCUAUUAAGCUACGAACAAAGCGAAGGCUGCUGGGGGAAACGCAGGUACAAAAUAAUUAUUCGAUUUACCUGCGAAAACUGGGAGUCGAUUGGGUAACUUUAUGGGAGCAAUCUUAUCUUGAUAAUAAUGACGAUCUUCCAGCAGAUCUUCUCCAAUUGGCCUCCGAUAUCAAGCAAUGGUCUUUUGGUUUUCCAAUUUCCUGA